AUGAAAGGUAUAAUUGUUGCGGGUGGUUUAGGUACUCGUUUAUAUCCUUUGACUAAAGUGAUAUCAAAACAUCUUUUACCAAUAUAUGAUAAACCAAUGAUUUAUUAUCCAUUAUCUGUAUUUAUGAUGGCUAAUAUAAAACAGAUUUUAAUUAUAACAACACCAACUGAUAAUGAUCAAUAUAAAAGAUUAUUAGGAAAUGGUACUCAACUUGGAUGUCAUUUUCAAUAUGCUGUACAGAAUGAACCAAAUGGAAUAGCACAAGCAUUCAUUAUAGGAGAAAAAUUUAUUGAUAAUGAUAAUAUUGCUUUGAUUCUUGGUGAUAAUUUCUUUUAUGGUAUUGAUUUGAGUUGUCAUUUACAAAAAUUAACUAAUAGUGAUGGAGCCUAUAUAUUUACUUAUGAAGUAUCUAAUCCUAAUUGUUACGGUAUCGUAGAACUUGAUCGUAAUGAUAAACCUAUUUCUAUUGAAGAAAAACCAAAUGAACCAAAAUCUAAUUAUGCCGUAACUGGUUUAUAUUUGUUUGAUAAUGAUGUUAUAAAUAUAGCAAAAAAUUUACAACAAUCACAUAGAGGUGAAUAUGAAAUUACAGAUAUAAAUAAAGUAUAUUUACAACGAAAUAAAUUACAUGUUAUUAAAUUAGAUAAAACAGUUGUUUGGUUUGAUAUGGGAACAUUUCAAACAUUAAAUGAUACUUCACAAUUUGUUCGUUCAAUGGAAAUAGAAAAUGGUAUAAAUAUUGGUUGUAUUGAAGAAAUAGCAUACAAAAAAAGUUAUAUUGAUAUUUAUCAAUUAAAAAAAUUGAGUGAACCUUUAAUUAAUAGUGAAUAUGGAAUAUAUUUACAAAAUAUUAUCAAUGGAUCAUAG